UCUCUCUCUCUCUCUCUCUCUCUCCCCUCUCUCUGACUCCCUCUCCCUCUCUGUGAUCCGUUUAGCCCCUGUUACAUGGGGCUUCCCUUUUCUCUCUAUUAGUGUGUGGAGGUUUCCUCCUGUAAGUCGCCAGAGACUCCAUCCUCGAUGCCACUUUACAGACAAUGUUCAAGCUUGCCUUAACUUUCUAGCCAACAUGUGGAUAUUUGGCAAUAUUUAUUGUGGGUUUCAGUUUCAUCUAUCAGUGUUGGGUUGAAAAUCUGAGAUAACGAGGCGGUUGCUAUGGUGGGACCCCCUGGAAGAAGCAGAGUCCAACUUCAAGAGUUAUUCCGAUGAAUCCAUACAGAUAUGGAUUUGACCAGAAUUUCUACUAUCUGAAAACAGCUGGGUGAGCUUGGUGGGCCCAAGCCUUAUUGUGCCCACCAGCCACCAGAAAAUCAUCCAAACCAGUAAACGUCACAAGCAUUAGUGGAGUUCAGCCAGUGCAAACAUGGCAGACAAAGUGCUGUACAGCACUCCGAAAGUGACCAAUCGGCCCCCGGUGGUUCCAGUGCUGCCCCCUGAGCCCAUCGACAUCAUCCGGGUCAAGGCCCGAUCUCGGAGGGUCAGGCUCAACGUUGGUGGUUUAACACAUGAAGUUUUAUGGCGGACGCUGGACCGCUUACCCAGAACCCGUCUGGGACGGCUAAGAGACUGCAACACACAUGAGUCUUUACUCGAGGUCUGCGAUGACUACAGCCUCUCUGAGAACGAAUACUUCUUCGACCGCCAUCCUGUGGCCUUCUCUUCCAUUCUCAACUUCUACAGAACUGGAAAACUGCACAUGAUGGAGGAGAUGUGCGCUCUGUCUUUUGGGCAAGAGCUGGACUAUUGGGGCAUCGACGAGAUCUACUUGGAGUCUUGCUGCCAAGCACGGUACCAUCAGAAGAAAGAGCAGAUGAACGAGGAACUGAGGAGGGAGGCAGAGACCCUGAGAGAGAAGGAAGGGGAGGAGGAAGAAGAGCUGGGUUGCUGUCCUGAGCAGAGGCAGAAGUUGUGGGAUCUCCUGGAGAAACCAAGUUCAUCUGUGGCAGCCAAGAUUCUGGCUAUGAUCUCCAUCCUGUUCAUUGUAAUUUCCACAAUUUCCUUGUCACUCAACACUUUGCCAGAGCUGCAGGUUGUGGAUGAAUUUGGCCAAUUUAAUGACAACCCAAGCCUAGCCCAUGUGGAAGCAGUGUGCAUCGCCUGGUUUACUAUGGAGUACCUGUUGCGCCUGCUGUCAGCACCUAAUAAGUGGAAUUUCAUCAAAGCACCACUCAAUAUAAUUGAUUUGCUGGCUAUAUUGCCUUACUACGUGACUCUCUGCCUCACUGAAUCUAACAAGAAUGUAAUGCAGUUCCAGAAUGUGCGCCGUGUGGUCCAAAUCUUCCGAAUAAUGAGGAUUCUGAGGAUAUUGAAGCUGGCCAGGCACUCCACGGGACUCCAGUCUUUGGGCUUCACUUUGCGAAGGAGCUACAAUGAAUUGGGUCUAUUGAUUCUCUUCCUAGCCAUGGGCAUUAUGAUCUUUUCUAGCUUGGUAUUCUUUGCUGAGAAAGAUGAGGAAUUUACCAAAUUCACUAGCAUACCAGCAUCUUUCUGGUGGGCUACAAUCACCAUGACCACAGUUGGUUAUGGAGACAUCUACCCACAAACAUUGCUGGGGAAGAUCGUUGGAGGGCUCUGCUGCAUAGCCGGCGUGUUAGUCAUUGCCCUUCCCAUCCCAAUCAUUGUCAACAACUUCUCAGAGUUUUAUCGAGAACAAAAAAGGCAGGAGAAGGCCAUCAAGAGGAGGGAAGCUCUUGAAAGAGCCAAGCGAAGUGGAAGUAUUGUUUCUAUUAAUCUCAAAGACGCUUUUGCACGUAACAUGGAACUUACAGAUGUGCUGAUCGAAAAACAAGAAGAUAGCAAGUGUCCAGUGGACAACCACUUAUCGCCUAGCCGCUGGAGUUACCAUAAACGCUACUCCAAUGCAGAUAUAGGCAGCCCCAGCCAGUCCAAACCUCUUUACCAGGAAAUGGCUCAAGUGGGCUCAUCUGACUACAAAAGCAGCCCUCAACACCCCAAUAUCCUGAAAGCAGAAUGCACUUAUGACAAGUCAGCCAGUUUACAGCAGAAAGAAGUAAAGCUUAUAGAAGAAGAGAUGGAGAUGAAUGUUUUGCCUACCACCCAGAGCCAACAAACUUCACCUGGUAGGGUUGCAAGGACAAGCUGCAACGUGGGUGAGGACUUUAGUGCAGAAAGAGGAGAAAAAAGUUCUAUGAUUCCUAACAUCGGAGGUAGUCAUUGUGCAAGACAAAUGCGCGCACCCCCUCCCUUGGAUCUGAGACAUAUUAGCGCCUUGGAGAUAAAUAAGACCACUGACAGCACCCAGCAAAUGACAUUACCAAAAGCAGGGCUGUAUAAAUUUGUGUCCACCCCUAACGUGAAUACAACAACAGACAGCACCUCCACAGAAUAUGGCGGCGUGCAAAAGAGAAUAGACCACAAGGUUGACCUGAUUGGAACCCAAGAUGAUGUGCUUAUGGCAGUAAUGACACCUGUGGCCACCUCGGCUUCUGCUGGCACAGUCAAGCUUCCUGAACGACUGUCAGACGACAAGGUUUCCAGAUUUCCUUCACGGCUCAGCUCCGGAACGCAAGACGCCAAAUCUUCACUGGCUCUGCUACAAUCUCCAUCCCUGGUCGGCCAAUCUGUUAGCCCAAGCAAUUCUCAGGGGGAAGGUGAGGGCUCAGUAGCUAAGAGAUUAGAAGGUGAAGGGCAGCUCACAGGCUUAAGCCACCAGGGGAAGAAUCACAUGGAGAAGUCUGCUGCUGGCUGCACUAGCCCUUCACCGAAGGCCAACCUACUCAACUGUUCUCAGGAGCAGGUAACUUUAGAGGCAGGGGGAAGGGAGACAACAACCCGGGGUGGGGAGAAGCAAGAAAACCACAUAAUUCAUGGAAGUCUGGCACCUUCCAAUGAAACCAGCAUGUGAGCUAAAAUAUACAGGGAUUAAUUCACCGACUGGACACACAGCUCGACAGAAGUAAUGAACUUCUGUCCGAGCCCUCUGUACUCUCUUACCAUGGGCUUUUGCCUGAUCUGGUUGUAUCACUGGAAAUGAGGGAAGUACUGUGGGACAUUCCUGCAUACCGCCAGUGUACAAUCUAAAGAACAUUAUCACAAGACAGUAUAAGAUUUACUUUUACAUAAACACUUCAGCAUUUUAACCAAAGUUGAAUCAGCAUGUUAACAUAAAUGAAGCCUCCGGCGUUGUCAAAUGUAUUGGUUGAUGCAUGUUGUACGUUUAUUUGUAUGCUUGAAGGGUAGAGAGAGCCCUCUUUCCUUUAAUGCCUAAAAAUAAGUUAUGCAAAGGAGAAGGAUAGAGAAAAGCAAGUUCUUGUAUUUGCUUUGUUCACAUCCUCACAUGCAUUCUCCUUUUGAGAAAAUUCCCACAAUAGGAUGAUUAGAGAGUUGCAAGCAUUUAUAAAGACUAAAAAUAUAUUGGGAAAUGCAUACACUAAAGUUAGCGUCACAAAAAGUAUGAUUGGAGAGAGUUCUUAGACUGCCUGAGUCCCAGAUUUGAGGCUCCAGUCAUAAAGAGUGUCAUUACAAAUCAAGGGGCCUUGACACAUUCCAGAGACAAGACAUUUGCCCAUCACUUACUAACUUGUAAGUAAGUGAACCUGUGCAUGCGCAUAAACGACUUGGUCUCUGUGAGACUUAUACAUGUCUACUAAUCUAAUUGUGGUUAUUGUACAUUUGCCAUCAUUGUCAUUUUUAGUUUUGGGUACCAUUUUAGUCACUGACAUCUGAAAUACUGCAACAUCAAAAGUGUGUAGGCCAAGAAACACAAGCAGUAAAUUUGUUUCUUCCCAAUAUUUGCU